AUGGAUCGUACUGGAUCGGACACGGAGCGUCGCCUGCGCGCCAUGGAAGCAGCGUUUGCUCGUGAGCGGCAACAGCGCGAUCUGUUAGAGAAGAAGUACGCGCGCUUGAAGCGGCGCUAUGUGCGUCUAGAGCGCUCACACAACCGCCUUCUGAUGGAGAAUAACGAGAAGAGCAAUAGCGACGCGCAAACGCCCACAUCACCGACCGAUACAUCUCAGAGUGUUGAUUCCACUAUGAACUCGCGGACAACAUCACUUUCGGUUGUCGACCUUACUAGUCCACGUCGUCGCUUCAGCUCUGCAAUGACAUAUAACAACGGGUCGCAAAGCAGCGUGUCGAGAGGCUUGCGAAGCUCUGGGCUGGAUGACAUCUGCGCUGAAAGCCCGACUUCGUCGCUGGGGUCUCCACAGGAAUCGACAAGGGAGUCACGCAAUAGUGAAGACCAAGAGGAGAAGGAGGACACAUUAGAGAGCUGGCGAUCAAACUCCGAGAGGACAUACUCGUCGCCUGCGUCACGGCGACGUCUACACUUGGACUUCACUUUGCCCCCGAGCUUUACAUACUCAAAUCGAGCAGUGUCAACUCCAUCACAACGGAUACAGGACCGUAGACUGCACUUGGACCAAUCCACCACCUCACACACCUCUCCACAACGAACGUCCACUGUAAUAGCGCACAGUGGAGAGUCCCGAACACGAACACGUCCGCGUCUUGGCCACUCACCUGAACGAACGGCUGCACGUGCGUAUGGAUACGAGUUGGAACAGGAACUGGAGCCUCGCACGCAUCGUCACGAUCGAUAUCAAUGGGCGUCGGAUCCAUCUCCCACGCCGUCUCCAGUGGCAUCUGCAGCGACAAUUCGAUCUCCAGCAUCUCGCCCUAGAGCAGAGAGCGAUGAGGAGGCGUCGCUUGCUUUGGCUCGGUAUCUGCAACAACAAGACAAUAUCGCCGCUUACGAAGAGUACGAAGCGCGUCUACUUCGCGAAUCAGCUCAGCAAGAAUCCAACCGGCUAGCUCAUUCGUCCAACAACUUGUUACUCUCGAGUUUGGCGGGUCACCAGCGUAAUAUCGACCCCGACAACAUGACGUACGAUGAACUCUUGAGACUUGGAGAGGAAGUUGGUGACGUGAAGAAGGAAAGAUGGCGACAGAUGGCUGUUCAAGUGCUGUCGAGUCUCCCAACUUAUCGAUGGACACAUGGCAACGGUGAAGACACUUGUAUCAUCUGCCAGUACAAUUUCGUGCCAAAUGACCGAGCAAUGACACUUCCGUGUGCUCACGUGUUUCACGAGGAUUGUGUUGGUGGCUGGAUUCGUGAAAAUAAUAGUUGUCCUCUAUGCAAACGGGAGAUCUCUCCAAUGUAA